GUUGCAUCCAUCGCAUCCAUCUAUCUUCAUAGUCCUUCAUCAAGUGCCGUGCCAGUCAAGCCUUUCACGAGUCGGGCCUUUCAACCGAUACAUUCCUUGUUAUCUUCCUAUCGGUCUUUGAGUACAGGAGUAUUUGUAUACUCCGUACCACUCAUCAUCAUGGAUUCAUCUCGAAUCUUUGUGAAAGGUCUGCCACCAAAUCUCAAUGAGGCCGACUUGCGCAAGCACUUCGCGUCCAAAGGUCAUAUCACAGACGUGAAGCUGAUACCCCACCGAAGGAUUGGAUAUGUCGGUUACAAGACAUCCCAAGAAGCUGCCGAUGCAGUUGGUUACUUCAAUCGCUCUUUCGUGCGAAUGUCAAAGAUAUCCGUUGAGCUAGCAAAGCCCAUAGCAGAUCCCUCUUUGAUUAAGGCGAAAGAAAGAAGAAAGAAGUCAACAGCCACUACGGCAGCUCUCAGUGUCCCUACCAAACAAUUAUCGCAAUCCGAGACAACACUCGAAAAUGCGAAGAAGAGGAAACGAGAUGAUCUCGAUGAGUCUGACCCGAAGUUGCAAGAAUUCCUAAGUGUCAUGCAACCUACGAAGACCUCAGCAAGCAAGAUACAUGGUGUAGCCACAGAACCUAUAGAUGAGCCACCAACAAAGUAUGCAGCACUUGCUGCAGCAGAAGGAGAGUCCGAUGAUGAAUAUGAAGUAGUACCGAGUCGACGAAAGAAGACUCAACCGGUGGGGAAUCCAAAGUCGACGCCGAGUCUGACAAAAGAAAUAGACGAGCAUCCUCAAGAAGAACCCAAUGUGGUCUUUGAAGAGCCUCCUAAGGAACAAGAAGACACGGUUCCUGCUAGUUCGGCCCCAGGUGCACCCCGCACGGCUGCCACAGAUGAUGAUUGGCUGCGAUCACGAACGAACAGGUUACUUGACCUUGUCGACGAUGAUGAUGUUGUACCCACCGCGCUCCCGCCUGAAGACCCCCCAUCUAUCCCCCCUAUUCAGGACCAAGAACCCGAAAUUGUCGAUGCAACUGUCGAUGAAAACGGGGACGAAGAGAUGGUCGACGCAGACCACCAGCCAGGUGAAGAUGAGCCCGAGGCAGAGACAAAAGACGAGACCCUUGAUACUGUACAAAAGACCAAGAGAUUAUUCAUACGGAAUCUGCCGUAUUCUGCGACCGAGGAUGAUCUAAGAUCGUAUUUUGGAAACUACGGUGAUGUCGAAGAGGUACACGUUCCAAUGCAAAACUCGAACGAGAAUCGUGGAAUUGGAUUCGUUUUAUUUACUACGCCAAACGACGCAGUGAAAGCAUUCCAAGCAGAUCGCUCGUCUUUCCAGGGCCGAAUACUGCACGUUCUACCAGGAUCGGCGAAGCGCGAUCACAAUUUGGACGAAUUCGCAUUGUCCAAGCUGCCGUUGAAGCAACAAAACCUUAUCAAGAAAAAAGCUAAGGCGGCAGAGUCAAGAUUUAACUGGAAUUCACUCUAUAUGAGCCAGGAUGCGGUAAACUCCUCAGUUGCCGACCGGUUGGGUAUCUCAAAGGCAGAAUUGCUUGACCCGACCAAUGCCGACGCGGCUGUGAAGCAAGCAAUCGCUGAGACAUCGACCAUUCAAGACACUAAAGCGUACUUGGUAGCCAACGGUGUUGAUCUGGAUGCCUUCAAAUCAGGAGCACGAGGUGACCAGGCUAUCCUAGUCAAGAAUUUUUCGUACGGUACCACGAUUGAGGAGAUUAGAACCCUCUUUGAAGAGCACGGUCAGGUACUGAAGGUUCUCAUGCCGCCCACGGGGACCAUUGCAAUUGUUCAAUUCGCACAAGCUCCCCAGGCUAAGUUGGCCUUCACAAAAUUAGCUUAUCGCCGCUUCAAAGAUUCUAUACUAUUCCUCGAGAAGGCACCAAAGAACUUAUUCGUAGGUAAAGAUCAGCAAGAGGAGGCGAAACAGGCUAGUAAAGAGCCUAGUGGCGUUCAGAAGCUAUCUGCUUCGGAAUUGCUAGAACAAGAUCGCCAAGAUUCAGUCGAGUCGACAUCAUUAUUUGUCAAGAACCUCCACUGGGAUACAACUACUGAAGAACUCGCAAAUGAGUUUAAACACCUCGAGGGAUUCAGAGCAGCUCAAGUGAAGACAAAGAAAGAUCCUAAGAAACCUGGCCAAUUGCUUAGCAUGGGAUUCGGAUUCGUCUCGUUUUCGAACAAAGAAACCGCCGAAGCUGCACUAAAGGUCAUGGACGGCCAUGUACUUAGAGCGCAUAAGCUACAAGUUAGAGCUUCUCACCGCGGGCGCGAUGCGGCCGAGGAGCGGAGAAAAGAGGAUAACGCCAAGAAGACCGCCAACCAGAGAACAAAGAUCGUAAUUAAGAACCUCCCCUUCCAGGCUAAUAAGAAGGAUAUCAGUACGCUAUUGAGCACAUAUGGUCAGCUCAAAUCGGUUCGCAUACCGAAAAAAUUCAAUUCGACAAGCAAAGGUUUCGCUUUCGCAGAGUUUGUCUCAUCAAAAGAGGCAGAGUCGGCGAUGUUAGCGUUAGAAGAUACUCAUUUACUAGGGCGCAGACUUGUCCUUGAAUACGCAGAAGCCGAAGCGAUUGACCCAGAAGAGGAAAUCGCGAAGAUGCAGAAGAAAGUCGGCGGCCAAGCUAGUAAGGUAGCCCUGCAACAACUCACAGGGGCAGGCCGUAAAAGGGUAACCCUGGGGGGUGAAGAAGACGAAGGGGAGAUCUAAUAGGUAAUUAAAAUGUGUCUAUACUUCAUGUUCCAUGCCUUGCCGUGCGUUGAAGGAGUGCAGGCAUUGCCACGUUGGGAGCUAGGGGGGCAAUGGUUCAUUGCGUUAUCCCUUGUCAGGGAGAGGCUCCCAUUGUCGAAUCCGGGGCCACUCUAUGACCCCAGGAGUCGGACACUGCAAUAGCUUGCAGAAUUGAUCCCAUCCCCUCCUUCGAGUGGCUUUUUGUUACCCCUCCCGAUCGAAUACCCACACGUCCUAGACUUGAUCAUUUAAUACGGGGAUGCUAAUCAAAUGUCACAUUCCCUCCCCCCCUCGAAGUUCACGAGACCUCAUACAUUUAACGGCCCGAGAUGGAUUAGAUAACAAGACUACCAUGAUGGUAAUUUGGUACAUUCCCGCGGUGAGUCGAUUAUUGCUCUUCAGUACUAUCAGUACUAUCUGGAUCCUCGUC